UUUAUUCAGCUACGUUAAACUUAAAAAAAAGCGCUAAUGCUAGCCUCAACUGUAGUUUUCUUUUUGCCCAGUUGGAGUCUCUGUAGUCUGCAGGCAUAUUCGGCCAGCAGACGAAUCUAGAGCUUGUCUUUUUGUUUUAAAAAUGGCGACCAUGUUUUGUUUUGCAAUUUUAACCGCCUCUCAGACUCUUGUAACACGAUUUCUGAUCUGAAAAAGAUUCAUCAGGAUGGUGUCCUUGUUUGGUCGAAGUAUAGUGGCAACAAGGUCCGAAUGUCUCCUCUUCCGGCCUGAUCAAAGAGGAGUCAGGAGUCAGCUGAUGGCGAAACAGACUCAUCGCUUCCAGGGAAACCGCUGCCGUUAUCAACACAUCUGUCACGAAAAAUACAACGCUAAAAUAUUCGAGUACUCGCACCAAGGAACGCUAAAAUUCCUCUGCUUGUGUGAUGAGUCUGAUCUGAAUGUUACAUCCAUGGCAUUCUUUUUCAGCCUAUUGUCUUUCACGUUUCGUUGCAGUUUUACGGGAUUUUUAAGCUUUUUGAAACUAUAGAUUUCAGAAUAAAUAUUGGAAAUCUUCUCUUAAUUGUUAUCGUAGUUAUUUUCUUAGCAAUAUGAUGUAAAGGUGUAACUCAUGUAAUAAAAAGGUACCCAAGUCUCCCACCA